AUGAUUAGACAGCUGGUGCGACACUACGUCAUUCCUGUUGUUGAGUUCUCUUCCGAGAUUGGAAAGUUUGACCAAGAUGCAAUCAAAAGAGCCACGGAGAAAGGGAAUAGACUGUUGAAAGCCAUUCAUGAGUCGCAACAGUCUGAGCACGAGUAUCAAAAGAGAGCCAACAUCAAGAUUGAGGAGGCGCGGAGAUCGGGGUACGUUCACGUGCACGGAAACACAGAGCUGCCAAAGAUCCCCGACGAUCCACGGUUACAGGCAGACUUGCUGAAAAGUCAGCAGCUGAAGACACAUUCGUCUAGAUACAUUUACAAUGAAUACGAUGAUCGCGUGGUGGAUAGGCUGAGAGUGCUGAAAAGAGAACGCAAACUGCCUCCUUUGCCACGUCAGAACCAGUACGAGCAAUUGUGGAGCGAGCUGGAGCGGUUCGCUGCAGUGUUGGUGCUCAAAAAUGAGACUCCUGCUGUGUCUCUCACCUACAAAGCUUUGGCUGAUUCGUUGGAAGCAAUCAACGUUAUGCAAAAUGCGCACCUAGACCAGUCAGUCACGGAUCCAAAUGACUUCACUCUGGUCACUGAGUAUUUCUUUACACGCAAGAUUUCAUUGUUGCAGCAGAAACUGCAGCCCGUGUCUGAGCUAUCCGAGCUUGACAACGUUGCCCUUGUCGGGCUGACAAACGUUGGAUUCGAAGAAACCACAGAUCCCUUACAGCUGUUCACCGGAAAGCUCAAGGAAUCAUUUUCGGUGGUGUGUUGCGCGCUGAAUACACCACAGUACCCGGAGCUGACGCAGCUGGACCAGCCAGAUAACAAUACUAAAAAAAACCUGUACCAGUUGGCAACGCUCGGUCUCACCAAAGUGACCACUUUGCCCGAUGGAUGGGUGGUGCUGACUAAAGGCACGUAUUAG